AUGGAUAAUCUUCUUUCAUCCAACACCCAGGCAAAAUCUGGGACCUCUAAAAAAGCUAUUGCAGCAGUAAGCGUCAUUGGCUUAGUAGGCAUUAUUGCGGUUAUUGCAGUUUAUUCUGCUUCUUCAACCCCAAACCUUCUUUUGAAGCAAUACGAGCUUGAAGAGUCUGAAUUCCAAGACUUUCUCAAUACUUAUGGCAAAGAUUACCAAGGAGAGGAGUAUUCUUUUUAGCUUAUAUUUGCCUUUUUAUAGUUUAAAAUUUCAAUUAAAAUUGAUCGAAUAUUAUUAUUACUUUGAGGAUACCUGAAACGUCUUCAGAUUUUCAGAGACAAUUUAUCAUUUAUUAGAGUAAAUAACUUACAAAAUCACGACUGGGUACUUGGAGUCAACAAAUUCGCUGACCUUACCUUUGAUGAGUUCCAGCAACUCUACCUAAUGCAAACCUUCACUCACCUCGAGUCAAAACACUCCAAAGAUUUCCAAUUUGAUGUCGAAGCAACCCCAUCCAAAGUCGACUGGAGAGCUAAAGGUGCAGUAACCCCUGUAAAAGAUGAAGGUGCAUGUGGUGGUGGUUCUUACGCAUUUGCAGCAGUUGGAGCAGUCGAGUCAAUCUGGAAUAUCACUGGGCACCCUCUUGUAGCUCUUUCAGAACAAGAAAUCAUUGACUGUACUGGAGAAUAUGGCAAUCAUGGCUGCAAUUUUGGAAACGUUCAAGGCGUUUUCGAGUAUGUUACAGAAAAAGGCAUUACUUCAGAAGCAGAUUAUCCUUAUACUGCUAAACAAGGCACUUGCAAUGGUGGGGACGUGUCUAAAAUUGUUGCAGAAGUAGACGGAUAUACUGCAGUCCCAGAAAAAAAUGUGACUGCUUUAUUAGCUGCUAAUGCUCAGCAGCCAACUGCAGUUGCUGUACAAGCUGACCAGUCCUCAUGGCAAUUCUAUAAAGGAGGGAUUGUCACUAACAACUGUGGAAACAAGCCAGACCAUAGCGUUUUAAUUGUUGGAUACAACAACAUUAAUAAGCCUCCUUAUUGGAUUGUCAAGAAUUCUUGGGGACAAAACUGGGGAGAAAGCGGAUACAUCAGGAUUGCAAUAAAGGACGGUGAAGGGCUCUGUGGAAUCAACCUUUACCCGUACUUACCUAAUGGCGAGAACUAA